AUCAUCAUCAUCGUCGUCGUUGUAAUCAGGUGACGUCACAGGUGUCAAAUCAGAAGAAUUUGCCACACCCUCGUGCUGCCUCAGCCACAGGUGUUGCAAAUGGCUCCCAUGAUGCAUAUCGGAACUAUGCAGAUCAAAAUGCUCAUUCCUGACUCCUUGAUCAUGACAAAAGAUAUUUGUAGUGGAACACUCCUGAUCUCUGCAAAAUCUAGAGUGAUAAGAACGAUAAUCAGGAUUUGGACUUGGCUUUUCUGAGCCGAAGUGGACGUGUUCAAAUGUCUUCCACAACUUUACAAGGGUGACAUUUUCCUCCAUGAAAACAAGAAACCAGUUGAUUUUGUUUAGCUUGCUUCCCUGAUAUUGAUUGGCGACCACUCCAUUGUUUGUAUGUGCCUUGAUGUUGACUGGCGACCAGUUCAUUGUUUGGAAAUGGCGUAAUUGUGAAAAUAUUUCUGACUUUCAAAUUCUAUUUUUUUUUUCUUCACGAGGCUACCAUUGCAUUAUUACAAUUUCAAUAUUACUAUUUCCUAAUCAAAUCACACUGUUAUUAUUUAUGGGGGAAACAAUGGUUAUUUUCAUUGUUCGAAUAAGGAUUAUUGUUUUGGCUGCGAGAAAGCGACCGACAGGCUAAGCCUUGUCUCUUUUUUGAGGUUGGGUUCUAACCCAUGUACGCACCUCCCUUGUUGCCAUGGAAACACUGAGUUGAUUGGCUGGCUUCUGUUCCUUCAUCCCAAUUGCCCCUGUUGUAUGACAUCUUUGGCCCAUUCUGUUGAAUAUGAGCAACAACAACACCAAUUGGAAACCAGCAGCCCUGGAUGGAUUCCUCAUGGGACUUCAGACGGCUGCUGUUGCCACGGCGACAAUUUAUGUCCUGGCUGGUUGAUGGAUGUGGCGGCAGCCCUGCCCUCCCAACUGCCGGCAUGCCAACAAAGACAGAGCGUGCAAAUUGAAUUCCAUUCGCGAGGAGGGCGGCUCGAAUAACGGCAGUGGCGUGAAAGCUAGACCAACAAACGGCAACCCUCAAAAAAUACAAAUUGGAAGUAGAACAACACUCCCCGAAACCCCACCGCACAUCAUUUCCUCUUGCCACUCUGCAGUGUUGCCAUGGCGACGGUCGUCCAUGCAGCUCAGCGCAGCUGGAGAUGAAGAAGAGGGAUGCGGGGGGGUGAAAAAGCUGUCAGACCACAUGCCAACAUUACACUUGAAAAGAGAUACCAUCUACAGACGGACAAAAGUAUUGAGACGGAGCCUUCAGUCAAUCCAUCAGUCAAUCAAUCAAUGAGAAGUUGGACUAGAAUGAAUCUUCACAGGACAUCCAAGGAGACGUUUGUCCGGUUUGCCCCAUAUUUGGGUGAAAAUUUGAUGGUUUGGGCUACAAGGCCUGAAUGGGCAGUUAUCCGGUGUGGGAAGACUUCGUCAGCAAGGCCAGCAAACUGCAGUCGCAGCUCAGGGGCGACGAGGGACAUUGGCUCAGCGCUCACCAGGAUGUGCAUGAGGCAUCGCAGCAUCGAGGCCAAACUCAGACAGUUCUCCACGUUGUUUGUGGAUUGCCUGAUCAACCCCCUCCAGGAGCAGAUGGAGGAGUGGAAGAGAGUCGCCAACACUCUGGACAAGGACCAUGCCAAAGAGUACAAGAAAGCCCGUCAGGAGAUCAAGAAGCGCUCUUCGGACACGCUGAAGCUGCAGAAGAAAGCCAAGAAAGCUGACGUCUUUGGGCGCGGAGACAUCCGGCCGCAGUUGGACAACGCCAAGCAGGAAGUGAGCGACAAGUACCUCCUGCUGGAGGAGGCCGAGAAGCAGGCGCUGCGGAGGGCCCUGGUGGAGGAGAGGAGCCGCUUUUGCUGCGUGGUGGCCAUGCUCAGGCCUGUCGUGGAGGAGGAGAUGUCCAUGCUUGGCGAGAUCAGUCACCUUCAGACGCUGACGGACGACCUGAAGACGUUGACCAUGGACCCUCACAAGCUGCCAGCCUCCAGUGAACAAGUGAUUGUGGACCUGAAGGCGUCCGAAUGCUCCUGGUCCUAUCAGACUCCGCCCUCAUCUCCAAGCACCACCGUGUCCAGGAAGUCCAGCAUGUGCAGCAGCCUGAACAGCGUGACCAGUAGCGACUCUCGCUCCAGCGGCUCACACUGCCACUCUCCCGCCUCGCAUUUCCGCUACCGUGCCUCGUCCUCGUCGGCCCUCCCUCAGCGGGCGCCGGCUCGCCUCUCCUCGGUGUCCUCCCACGACUCUGGCUUCAUCUCACAGGACGCCCCCCAGUCUAAGUCGCCCUCGCCCAUGCCUCCGGACUGGGUCAAGCCCUUAUUCAACGCCCCGAGGAGGGUGAAGGAGAGGAGGGAGACGAUUGAACCUCCAAAGGAGGAAUUGCACGUAGGCAAAGGAAGCCCCCCUGUGACCUCCUCCAAGGACGACAGAGAGGCCCACGUGGAGCUGGCUAAGGCGCUGGCCCACAGUCUCCACUUGGACUUUCAUGGCUCCAGCAGGGACUCGCUGCAUGGAUCCAGCGGCUACAGCAGUCAAACCAACACACCAUGUUGCUCGGAGGAUGCUGGCCCCACGCAAGGUGGGCGGGCACCCCAGUGGGACUGCGACUUCUUCUCCAUGGGAGCGGAUCACGAAGGCGAUGACGUGAACAUUUCGCCCGGCGCCUCGCAGCCCAGCGACCCCUCUCGGUCCUGCCGCCCAUGGUUUGGGUCCAAGCGGCCCCCGUCUGCCCGCGUGGCCCCCAGCCCGUCUACAGUGGUCCCGCCAGGGGUGGCCACCAUUCGCCGGACGCCGUCCUCCAAACCCAACCUGCGACGCCCGUCGGCAGGCCUCCCUUUGGGCCCAAUCCCCAUCAAGCCACCCACGGUGCCGGUCAAGACGCCCACCGUGCCGGACCACCACGGCUUCCCCGGGGCGAGGACUUCCAAAGACGGGCGCACCCCACAGACCCCCGUGAGCCCACCAAGCACGCUUCUCUCACCAGGGAGCAGCGGAACCUUUUCGCCUCGCUUGGAUCCUGGCCAGCUUCUGGAGGAGACAGAACACGGGGACGGCGUGGGCGACUUCCUGGCGGCCAUCCGGCGCGGCGUCCAUCUGAAGAGGACAACCACCAAUGACCGAUCGGCACCCAGGAUCCACUGAGCCGAACAUUUCGUGGCUGCGCUUUCCGACUUUAUGAAGCAACGCAAACAAAAGUUUCCCCAAUGCUGCAACAAAACGGACAAUGUGAGUCACGCAUUUUUCCAUUUGGGAGGGUCCCGCUUCGCCCUUUAAGAGCCAACUUUCCUGGCGGACAUUUUUUUUUUUCAGGAUGCGCCAAACGUUGAGUGGCAUGUGACUCAGUGUCAUUCUAUGACUUUUAGGAUGUCUUUUCUUUUGCACGCUCUCCGCUUCAAGUGCCAAAACAUGCUCCAGUAUCCCAUUUACGUAUUGUGCUUUCACUCAGCCGUCAAGACAAACGUUGAGGACGGGACGCUGGAGUUUGCCUUUUGUAAAGUGAAAUUGUUUUGGCAUGUUGUUGCUCUUUUUACCCCCGCCGAGGAGGCCGUGUUGCCGAUGUCUACGAAGAGCUAGUUCGAUCUCGCUGCGCUUUGCUUCCUGUACGAUUCGUAACUCGAUAACCGAUGAUUGUGUUUUUACAGCUUUUUCUUUCGAGGCGUACAGAGGUCAAGUCAGGUGGGGUUUAAUAUUUAUUAUUUUCUACACUGACAUGUUGUGGAUACAUUGAAGUGUGUGGGUGUGUGUGGGUGUUUGUGUAGUAAUAUAUAUACAUAUAUUUGACUAAUGGGCUAAAUUUAACGAUGUUAGAGUGUUAUGGUAAUAGACACGCUCGUAUUGCACCAUCAGGAGGGGAGAAGGAAGCUCGAAGAAAACUGGAGGAUAUUCCAUCCGCUCUGCACACAAUGGAAGCGAAUGAUAAGUUAGGCGAGUCGGUGAGUGUCAUGAAUCACCAGUGAAACGCGGGAUCGCCUUGUACGUGUCAACUGUUUCCGGCCAGUCCAAACUGAAGUGCGACAUGGCCCGGAAAGCGUCACUGAGCUUGUUGAGUGUCUGAUAGUUUCCAUUUGUGUCGGCCACCCAUACGGACUCUGUUUCUGCUGUCAAGUCAAUGCCAUGUAUUUGUUCCCGUGUUUUCCGAUGUAAUGUUCUUCACAGUCAGAUGUCCUGUCGGAAACAUUUCCUGGCCGGUGUUGUCCCUCCAACCGCAUUCACUUGUUCGGACAGGACCGAACCAUGUUUGGUCGCGGCGUUUUCUGACACGUCAGCGUGAAAACUGUUUGAUGGGCUGUAUAACCUGCAGGCUUUGUCCGUCAUGCGGCGGAUGUGCUGAGCAGAUGAAGCUAAAUGUGACGAGCCUCCAGAUCUCAUCGCAGCUUCGGAGAGUUCAGUCGAGAAAAAAAUAAUAAU